AUGCGUUUCGCAGAGUCCAAUCCAGUACUACCAGGUCCCGAGCCUCACACAUUUCUCGGGCCUUCUCUCCAGUCGCCACAAACACCGACAUAUCCACGUAGCGCUCUUGAAAUCCGUUCCGAGUCUGUCGAGGUUGAUUUCAAGAAAAUGGCCUCAGAGCGCGCAUCAGAGUCGUGCACAACGUUAGUCGAAUGCGACGGAGAGAGGCCGGCGCUCUCGACUGUACGACUCUUAGCCGCACAUUUCGGUGCCGCGUUGACGCUAUUUCUUGCGACCACAGAUGCAACAAUUGUCUCCACUAUUUUACCGACAAUAACAAGCCAUUUCGAGGCGUCACCAGCGCAGUACACAUGGGUCUCGGUAACAUACCUGCUUACGCAAACUGCAUUUCAACCGCUUUACGGAAAAGUCUCGGAUCUCAUUGGUCGUAUGACUGUACUAUACUGCAGCAUUUUUAUAUUCGCAACUAGUUCUGCACUUUGCGGCGCGGCACAGAGUAUCGAAUGGCUUAUCGCAGCACGGGCACUUGGAGGUAUCGGUGGCGGUGGCAUUGUGAGCUUGGUUUGGACGAUAACCGCAGAAAUCGUGGAAAUCAGAUAUCAAGCGAAAUGGUCGCAAGCGCUCAGUGUUACCUGGGCUUGCUCUGCUAUAGCCGGUCCUCUACUGGGAGGCGUGUUUGGUCACGAGACUGGCGCUCUAAGCUGGAGAUGGGCUUUCCUGCUCAAUAUCCCCGUUUGUGCCGCUGCGACGAUCGUCCUGUGGCUAUCUCUGCAUAACGUAGCAUUAGGAGGCACCGACAAUGUCUCGUGGCGAACGUUCUGCAAGACAUUCGAUUUUGUUGGACUAUUUCUGUUCGUGGGUGGCAGUAGCUCGGUGAUCAUCGGACUAAACACUGCUGCAGAUGUUGGGUGGAUUGCACCUUCGACUUUGAGUGCAAUUAUAACCGGGUUGUUCGUACUGGUUUCGGCAGGCCUUUACGAAGUCCGUACCACCCGCGAUGCGUUGUUUCCUCGAGUGAUCUUCACAGAUUUCACGAUACUCAUCGUUUUGGUUGUGAUCUUCCUGCACAACUUCGCGUUCAACGCCGGCACGUACUACUUGGCCCUAUUUUACCAGGCAGUGGAUGGACUGACACCGUUGCAAGCUGGUGUCAAGAUGCUCCCUUAUUCCCUUGGGGCGUCAUUAGCUUCAAUGCCAGCUGCCUGGUUUAUUGGAUAUUGGCAAGACAGGCAUCCGGACAUCAGUGGCCAGAAGAUCACGAUAUGUCUCGGGCUCUCCAUCUCGGCUGCAGGCUUUGGCCUCAUGACGCUUCUGGACUGCGAAACUAGCCAUGCUCUGAGAAGCAUCUACACAUUGAUAGCCGGCGUGGGUAUAGGCAUGCUGUUCCAUGCCCCAUAUCAAGUCUUUACGAGAGCGUUACGGAGGAAAGAUACGGCAUCUGGAACAAGUGCGUUCUUCCUGGUCAGGUUCACGGGAGCCACUGUGGGUUUGACACUCGCAGGCGCUAUAUAUGACAGUCGCUUAUCUGAUACAUUACCUGCCGGGAUCAGCGCCGCGGACAUCAUGGAUUAUUUCAGGUCGCAAAAUCCAGGCCGUCUGGGGCAUGCGGUUGUGUACGCCAUCUCGUUAUCGAUAAGGACCAUAUGGAUUGUCUGUACUCCGUGUCUCGGCGUUGCCUUCUUGGCCUCUAUUUUCAUGCGAACGUUGUCGGUCGAGCCCUUCGCAUGUCAUCAACAGGUAUCCGCGGCUUCUACCUUGCACCGCGAUUCAGCAUCAGAAGAUGCGAUAAAAACAGACAACCAACGCGGGUCCAACUAG